AGUGUCAACUCUUCGUUCCAAACAGCUCCCUUCGCUCUCUCCCAAAAAUUGUCCCGCGACAGGUUCGUCCAACAGUUCGUGUGUGGUUCCGUCGCGAGUGAAAGUGGCCACAUCGCCCAACUUCCGUGGAGCAGCGAUUCCCGGUGCAAUCCGUCGGUUUAAAAGAAUACUGGGUGAAAGAGGGCAGAAGAGUGAGGAGGAGUAUUUCGUGACGAAAGGGAAAGGCCGGACAGACGGAGAGUCUCGGAACGAUGAACAUACCGAACCAGUAUCUGGAAAAGACGGAGGAUGUCGCGGACCAGGUGAUCCGCAAGGGUAAGCACGUCCUGCCACACGUCGCCCGGCUCUGCCUGAUCGCGACCUUCCUCGAGGAUGGCAUCCGGAUGUGGGUCCAGUGGAACGAGCAGCGCGAGUACAUGGACAUGAGCUGGGGCUGCGGCAAGUUCCUGGCGACGGUGUUCGUGCUGGUCAAUCUGGUCGGCCAAAUUGGGGGCUGCGUGAUGGUGCUGGCCCGGCUAAAGGUGUCGAUCGCGUGCGGGAUACUGUUCUUCAUCGUGGUGUUGCAGACCAUCGCCUACUCCAUCCUGUGGGACAUCCAGUUCCUGCUGCGCAACCUGGCCCUCAUCGGCGCCCUCCUUCUCGUCCUCGCAGAGUCCCGCGGCGAAGCGCGCAGCCUCUUCGCCGGCGUCCCCUCCCUCGGCGAGAACAAACCCAAGAACUUUAUGCAGCUGGCCGGUCGCAUCCUGCUCGCCUUCAUGUUCAUCACCCUGAUCCGGUUCGAGCUGAGCUUCCUCCAGAUCCUGCAGGACAUCCUGGGGUCCAUCUUGAUGGUGCUCGUUACGGUCGGCUACAAGACGAAGCUGUCGGCGCUGAUUUUGGUGGCGCUGCUGACGGUGCUGAACCUGUACCACAACGCCUGGUGGACCAUUCCGGCGUACAAGCCGCUGCGUGACUUUUUGAAGUACGACUUCUUCCAGACGCUGUCGGUGAUCGGGGGGCUGCUGAUGAUCGUGUCGCUGGGGCCGGGCGGGGUGUCGAUGGAUGAGCACAAGAAGAAGUGGUAAAGGGGGACACUUUAACAACUUUUGUUUUUUUUUUUUUUUUAUGACGGAGGAAUAGUUUUUUACCUUUAUUUUCUACCUUCUUGUGACGUGACGGCGUGGGGCGGCCUCAAAGGAUUCGCCACCGGUCGAUUCAGACGAAAAAAAAAACGAACAUUCACUUAGGGAAGAAGAAGAAAAACUUAGAAUUUAAACCCGGACUCACCAGCAAACCAGAAACACACAAGUUCACACACUAUCAAAUAGGCAGAAAAAAAAAGAAGAAGAGGAAGGAAUGUGAUAAUGGUUCAAGCUCACACAUACAAGCGCGUAGAAGACACACUCCCAAGCAGCAAACAAACACACUUCCAGACGAAUUUCCUAAUAUAUAUAUAUUUGUUUCGUUUUCCUUAUUUUUUCGCUGUUAAAUUAGAAUUUACAAAAAAAAACAAUUCGUCAAGAAAUGCAUGUUAAAAAACAGAAGAAGCUACAAAAUUCGGACGCAGCAAAAAAAUUAAAUAUUGUUAUCAAAACAGGUGAAUCAAGAUUAAGUAACACAGAGACAGACACAAGCAAAACAAAACAACAACAAAAGAAGGAAAAGCAUGUUAAACUUAAUAAAAAUAACCCAGAAACUGAUUA